UCAAGUAUCUCUGUGUGUUAGUGUAAAUCAAAUUUUGGAUAAACUAAGACCAUGGAUUAUGAUGAAGAAUACGAUGUAGAUGACAGAAAUAUACAGGAUGAAAGGCUGCUGUCUCAAGGAAGUUAUGGAACACUGAAUGUUCCGAAGACUUGCGUCUUUGUAGUCGGGAUAAUGGCGGGGUCUGGAUUUCUCGCUCUUCCAAAAUCUGUAGAUAACACCGGAUGGGUAGGAAUAAUACUGUUGGCUUUGUUCUGUCUUCUGUCGUUUUAUACGUCCACGUUCUUAUCUCGCUGCUGGCAGAUGAUGUUGGAACGUGGACUGCUUCCACCAAAUGGUCAUAUACGUUACCCGUACCCAGCCAUUGGCGAAGCUGCGUUCGGAAAAUACGGAAAGUAUGCUGUUAGUGUUGCAAUUAAUUUCACAAAUUUCGGCACCGUGGUUGUAUAUAUACUUCUAGCAGCGGAAAAUAUACAUACUUUGUUAACUGACUAUACAUCAAUGUCCACCUGUAUACUAGCAGUCAUAGUAACCGGAUCCGUGGUUCCGGUCACGUGGUUCGGGACUCCAAAGGACUUUUGGGGAACAGCGCUGGCAGCUACAAUUGCAACUCUUACAGCAAGUUUACUUGUUUUCUCGAAUAUUCUCAAAGACAGGCAAUAUUUCACAGAUAUGGCUCACACAAAUGUUGACGUUGUGUCAUUCUUCACGGCGUUUGGCACCAUGGCAUUCUCUUAUGGUGGACAUUGUGUGUUUCCGACAGUAAUGGCUGACAUGAAGAGGCCUAAACACUUCUGGAAAGCAUCUUUGAUAGGCUAUAUUGUUUUGCUGGUAAUCUAUAUGCCGUCAUCAAUAGCAUCGUAUCUUACAUACGGGCAAAUGAUAUCACCAAACGUCCUUGACACGGUGUCACGUGGACCAAUGAGGACCAUUGCCGCCAUCUUGAUGACGUUGCAUCUUUACUUCGGAAUAAUCAUAAUAGCCAAUCCAGUUUGUCAAGAAGUGGAGAAUAUCCUUGGGAUAGAAAAUAAAUUUUUCACAAUUAAACGAGCUGUAUGCAGAACAUUUGUGAUGGGCUUUGCAUUGUUUGUUGCCGAGUCUGUGCCCCAUUUCUCAUCUAUCCUUGCUUUAGUCGGCGGAUCAACAAUAACUUUACUUGCGUACAUUUGUCCAACUAUUUUCUUUUUGAAAUUAGCAGCAGCAAAACCAUCGAAUUCAGAAAGAUGGGAUAAAAUGUAAUAUUUUUUUUUUUAUCAUAAUGUUUUGUUCUUAUGCCAUUUCAUGCCAUUGGCAUUAGUAAACGCGAGUUAUACUUUAAUGCAGCGCGUCUCCAGAUUAAGUGUUCUUAGUUUAUUUGAACACAAUUAUUGUUUAAUGAGUAUGCAUUGCAGAGUGUAAAAAAUAGAUCAUUUAGCCAAGUCCAAGGUAUUUAUUAAAUCAUUCACAAUAAU